GAUGCCGGCGGCAACGCGGCGGCGGCCGCUGCUUAUGGGGAAGAAGAAGGAGGCGACGGCGAUAAGGUCCGUGCCCUCCGGCGUCUCGCACCCCGGGGCCGCUCUGCCCUGCCACUAAGCCGCCGGGAAGCGCCAGUCCCGAUCGCCCGGCUCCCCCCCCUCCCCAUCCGCCAUCUCCUCCAUCCUCGAUGUCUCCCCCGCGGCGCGGAGGCUCUUUCGCCGCCUCCCCGCCCUCUCGCUCCUCGCCGCCACAUCCCCUCCGCCCCGCGGUCCGGCGACGAGAGGCGCCCGGCAUCCCCGCGGUCGGGCUGUCGCUGCCUCCCGUGCCCCCGGGUUGAGCAGAGGCGAAGGAGAAGCCGCUGAACCAACCUCCCCUCGCCCGCCGCGAUGAAGGUGGAAGCAGGAGACAACUCCAUGAUCAACCUGUCGGUGCAGCAAGUGCUGAGCCUCUGGGCUCACGGCACCGUCCUUCGCAGCCUCACCGAGAUGUGGUACUGGGUUUUCCUCUGGGCUCUCUUCUCCUCUCUCUUUGUCCAUGGUGCUGUGGGAGUAUUAAUGUUUGUGAUGCUGCAGAGGCAUAGGCAGGGGAGGCUGAUUUCUGUCAUUGUGGUCAGCAUUGGAUUUCUGGGUUCUAUAGCUGGAGCAAUGAUAACCAGUGCUGCAGUAGCUGGAAUUUACAGAGUAGCAGGAAAGAAUAUGGCUCCCUUAGAAGCUCUUGUCUUUGGUGUUGGACAGACAGUACUGACGUUAAUUAUCUCAUUUUCAAGAAUUCUUGCAACACUUUGAGACUUAUGUAAAAAGGGGGAAAAAUCGACUAGUUUAAAGAUGUCUUUUAUCUGAAGAGAAACUUCAUGAAAGUGGUUUCAUCAGCUCAUGAACUUGAAUUCGAGCACAAGGAAGCUAUGUGGGAUCUGCACUACAAAUCUAGAGUUUCAGUCGGAUGAACAGACUGUCCUCUAGUGUCUGAACUGUUGUACUUCUGCACUGCGCCUUAUGUGCCUCAGUCACAGGCAAGGUGCAAUUCAUGUGUGCGAAGCUGUGAUAAAGCACCUUGUAUAGCUGCCAGUCAGGUUAAUGCUGGGUGAUGGGAUCAUUAUUCUGAACAGUGUUUUAAUGAAGUAAAGAGACACUCCUGAAAAUUGCUGUAUGUGCCAAACUUGGAGUUUAAUUCUUAACUGUUGGUUGGGUAAGCUUUGAAAUUGUAAUUACAGAAGAAUGCUGUGUACAUGCUCUCUACUUGAAUUCAGGUAAAAUAGCAAGAUAAUUGACUUUUGUAUUAGCAGAAUCUCUUUGAAUGCUGAAUAUCCUUAUUCAGCAUUCAAAACAACUGUUAAAUCUGUUUCAAAUUGUAAAUGAAUUUUGAUGGGAUUUGAGAACCACAGCUUUAGCAACCCUGAUGUGGUUAACACUGUGCGUAGAACGGCUCAUAGCAUUUUUCUGAAGCUCAGCACAUCAUUUCUUCUUGGUUUUAACUUGUUGGAAAUCAGUAGUUUAAGGACACUGUGUGAGGGUUACUGAGUACAAUCUAUUGUGUAUGAACAAAUCUUAAAUUGAUGCUUUCCUUGAAAUUCUUUUGUCUUAAAUGUACAGAUGGUCACCAGCCCUUCUGAAAACCUCAGUAAGGCUACUCAUUGCAAAUCGGCUCCCUGUAUUUAUUUAAGCACUGACAAGAUUCUUAACCCUACCUGUAUUCUUUAAAGAACUAUAAGAGACUACACCUAUGGGGAAAACUGAAAGUGGUAAAAAUACGAUGUACUGUUUUUCCACCACACAAACAUGUUGUGUUUAAUAAAAUAGUUAUUGUAGUCCAAAAGUUUGGAAGUGGGGUAGUGCUGUUGUAUUUACUACCUUGUUUCUGAACACUUUGUAGCUUUGGAAAAAUGAAAAUAGCUGGGUUUUUCAACUAUUUAUCUUUCAGUAGAGUUUGUGAUUCUUCUAGUUUAAACGGGACAGUGGUGGUGUGCAUGUGAAAUGUCUGAAAUGUGAAUGUUUUGGAGUGAAUAAAAAUUUAUUUCUAAAAUUACUAGUUAUUUAUGAAAUGUGAAAUUUAUAGGGCCCAAAGUUCUGUCUGAGGAAUAAGGAAUCUUUUAUAUCUCUCCUCAACUGGAUGCUUUUCAGCAGUCAGCCUUUAAUGCUGACAGGUAGAGUAAAUUGAUCAAAGGUUUUGCUAUUAAGGUGUCAAAGACUUUCAGGACAGUGAAACCACUGACACCUACUGCACAGAUGAAAAAAAAGUUAUGUUAAAAUAUAACUUAUAAUCCAGUCAUAUUGUUUAGUGCUUCAGAAUAUUGUUAAUUAACCUGUCUGCCUUUAUUUUUACUCCACAGCUGUUUUUUUAACUGCUAAGGAUGCUAGUAUUAUUUGUUUUUUGUAAAGAAGUAUUUAAGUCUUGUUUGGGAAAUGUAUGAAUUUAUAGGCUUUGCAGGAAACCAGGUGAAAUGUAGGUUUAUAAAACUUUACAGUGUUAUUUUUGGCUUUGAAUUGCUUUAAAGAGUGACUGAAUACAUAUAUCCUCAUUAUUUUGAAUGUCUUCAAAAACCUUAUUUUCCAUGGCUUGGGGCUUUUGAAUUGUGGCUUUUACUUUCUGCCAAUACUUUUUGGCAUAACAGACAUUGCACUUUAAUAGACAGUGAAAUUUUACAUCUGUAAAAGGCAAUUUAAACUUCUCCCCAUUGUCUUAAAUUAUGAGAAAACUGGUAUCAGGUAUUUACAUCAAAUUGAAUAAUAAUAUAAUCGAAGAUAUUUCUCCUAAUGUGCCUUGUUACAUAUAUUUUUAGGGGAGAGGAUUUGAAAAGAGAACCCAAACCAUAUCUUCAUUCUUUUUCUGGUUUUGCUAUUCUAAUUAAUUUGAUUAUUUUAUAUAAUGUCUUAUUUACAGACAUUAAAAUGUUUCUUUUUGACAACCUGGAAAUGCUUGUGUGGAUCAAAACCAGCCAUUUCAUGAAGCACUAUAUUCAGUAGUUUAGAUUGUGUCAUGACUUUACCUCACGCUGAAACUUCCUAGUUUCCAAAUUUCCUUCAGCAUCUUGAUUCUUAUUUAUUUAUGAGGCUAUUAUGCUGCCACUGAUCAACGGCUUGUUGUCUUUCACCGAAUUAAACUGUAACAGACUACUACAACCGUAUGAAAGGCAUGCACAAAACUUUCAUCGAUGAACUUCAUUCUUUUUAAUUGCCUUGCCACUGAAAUUGUCGCCUCUGUAACUUUCCUCCUUUGACAAGGAGGCAUCUGCAAACCUUAAAUUACCUUCCUUCAAGUAGUUUUGUUUCCUAGAUGAUUGUAAUCUCUUUUAAAACAUUGUAAGGUGCUUAGUUGUCUCUGCUUUAUAAAGCAUUAUUGCCUGGCAACAAUGAAUAGGCAGAUAAUAAAAUGCCUAAGUGGCUUAACAGAGACAGAGAUAUGUAUUUGAUAGAAAAUUGGUUUUAGCUGUUUCUUGUAAGGGAUAUAUGAGGACAAAAAGUUUGUCUAUGAAAUAUUCUUUGAUCAUAGCAUAAACUUACUGCACAAUAACUCCAGCAGCAAAAGGAAGUGUAAGUGGCCUUAUGUUUGUGAAACCCGGAGUUUCAUUCCACGUGCUUAGAAACAGCAUUGUUAAACAUAAGGUGCUCUAAUCAGUGCAGUGUAUGCAUACAUAUGUGUGUGUAUGUAUGAUGAUUUUAGGAUGUGUCCUAUACCUUACACAUACUAGCAGUUUAAAUAACUUUUCCAAGUAAAAGAAAAUUACUUUUGAUAACCGUUUUUUUUUUUUCUUUUGUGGUUAAACUACAAAGAUAUCGUGUGUGUAAGUGACACUGAUGGUACUUUGCUUCCCUUUAUUGUACAAUAGUGUUGUGCAGAUCUUUUAGCACUAUCUUCAGAUAUCUCUGCCUGCAUCCACAUUAUAUCACUAGGCACAUUCUGCAUUCCUGAUGAUUAAUUUUUAGUAAAGAACAAAUAAUACAUCAACACAAACUAAUCUUGGAGGGAGGAGGGAAUACUGAAUAUACUAUUUAAUGUGAAGAAGCUUCUGCUGCUUUGUUAGAGGCUGCUCAGUUAAAAAUGUAAACAUUCCACACACUUCUGAUUUAUCGGUAUGAUCGAAAAAUUUGUUUUUGACUCAAACUCCAGAUAUAUUGCAGGGAAAAAAUCUCCCAAAUAAUUAUUGUCUUUCAUUUUGUGGAGAAUUCUAAAUUUAUAAAGCUAUUCUGGGAACCAUGACUAGUGAUUUGAAGUUUUGCUCUUGACAGUUUUUUUAAAAAAGACAAUAAUUUAACUAUCUUUGAUCAUUUAGAAUUGACCAAAGGAAAUACUCCUGAUUUUGUGUAAAGUAGCUUUCUACUUUUGAAGUAAACUCCUACUAAUAGUCUAAAGGAAAUAGUAUUCCCUCUUCAACAUACUGCAUAUUGAUAUUUAUUUUGUUUACUAUUUGUUUUUAAAUUUGGGGGAGGGAUGGGGGUGGCAUAUGUAAUGUAGAAGCUGUAAUGGACUCUAAGCUCUAUUAAGUGUAAGAACUGAUUUAAUUGUUAUUUUCUGUUUUAAUUUAUCUAUUUUAUGCACUAAGUGUAUUCUAAUAAUGCCUUUCCUGCAUUAAAUCUGAAUAUUGUAUCUUGAGUAUAUUAAGCUGCAUUGUUCUGUAGAUAGCCAUUCAACAUCACACAUGUAUAAUUCCACGUAAGCAAUUAAUUUUCUUCAGACACAAUAGUGUUCCUAGGAGUAAUUGAGUGUGGAUGAAUCGCCCUGCCACCCCCCCCCCCCCC